CAUACGAAUUCCUCUCAAGAAAGUUACUUACCAUUAACUGAAAAAUUAGAUCAAAUUACUAACUCACGGGUUCUAGCUAAUACUACAAAAUCUAUUGAGAAAUGGGUUAAUGUACUUAGAAACUGGCUUGGUGUACGGCAACUUAAAAGUGGAAAAGAAUAUUCACCUUCUUCUCUGAAAAAUGCAUUAAUCCUAUUAAGUCAAUGGAUCUAUAAUGCACAAGCUGGCCCUACUAAAUUUAAAUUAUCACACAAAGACGAUUUUAGAAAUUUGUGGAAUACACUAGAUGGCAAAAUGAAACAGUUAAAACGAAAUGGAAUUAUUCCACAACAUCAUGAUCCAUUAACUGAGGAAGAGAUUACUCUUAUAUUUAACCAUCCGAAAGUAUCAGCAUCGCAUGCUCAAGGGUUACAAUAUCGAGUAUUUAUGUGGAUGUGUAUGCUUUGUGCACCACGGGGUGGUGAGCACGGCCAAAUAAAAGUUUCUCAAUUUAAAUUUCUUCCUGAUAGUGGAAUUAUUUUUACAAAGUGGUCUCAGAAAAAUGAUCAAGAAGGGUUAGAUGAUAAUGGUAAUGCAACUAGUAUUCCAAUUCCACCAGAUCCUCUUGGAAAAUGUGGACCCGUUCAUGAUAUUCAUCUCUAUUUUUCUAAACGACCUGAUAAUUGUGCUUCGCCAAAUUUGCAUCUUCAAUUGGCAAAAAAUCCGAUUGGAGAUAUCUGGUACAAAGAUAAAAGACUUGGUGAUCAUUCGAUUAAUACUAUGCUAAGGCAGAUUUGCGAAUCCUGUGAAAUUAAUAUUGAAAGCCGAAAUAUAGUCAAUCAUUCAGGUCAUACUACUUCAAUUACACAUUUAUAUCAACUCGGAACACCUAAUUCAACUUUAAUGUCAAUUACUGGGCAUAAAAGUGAAAGCUCUGUUAGAAUUUAUUCACACCCUUCUGAACAGCAAAAAAAAGAUUGUUUAUCUGCAAUAAUUAAUUCUAGCAUUAAUAAUGUUGAGACCAGUCCAAAUGUACAAACAAUUGAACCGAAUAAUCAAGAUAAUGAAGAUCUGACUGAACCAAACAUACAUACUAUUGAACUAAGUGAUCAAAAUGUUAAAGAAUCGACGAAUCUUGAUUUUCAAACCCGUACACCGUUAUCAGCUAUUCAAACCAGCACUGUUAAUCAAACCCGCCCUGGUAUUUAUGGUCCCGGAAACCUUCAUCCUAAUGCAUUCAAAAAAAAUCCAACACUUGGGGGCC